AGCGAUUAGAGUCUCCGAGCUCGUCGCGCUGAGCCGCUCGCGGUAGCUGCUUAAAAAGCAGUAGAAAUGGUCGCAGUGAAAACAGAGAUAACAGCUUAGAGAGGUACAAUCCAAGAGGACGGGGAAUUCCUCAGGGGAGGCGCUCGUGGUCGUGAUAGCAACAAGUAUGACUUGGAGAAAAAAAAUAGGACACAUCCUGUGUUUAAGCCAAUAAGAGUUCACUGGCCACCCCCUCUGCAUCCUUGACUCUAUUUAGUUUCAGCACCACUGUGCAAAACUCUGUUCUUCUACCUGGUGCUCCUGCAGAGCUCAACGCGCCUCACCAUUCCUGCGCUUCACCUCCACAGAGUUAUUGCCAAUAAGAACUGUUUUGUAUUUGGACAGCUUUUCGCAGUCCUAUGUGCCCCGUGACGCAGGAAGAACUACUUAAGGGAGAUUAGCAGUGGCGAGGCAUUAAAUCCAUCCUCCCACCAGUCACACACCGCGCCACCUAUCAACUUGAUCUGAGGAUCGAAAAUAGGAGGGCUCAUAUAUUAAUCAGCACUUCGCACUGGAAGACAAGUAAAAGUAGGAUCGCCCGGUGAUCCCCUGGCAGAGCGACUGGCCACGGCGCAGGAAGGACCGUGAUCAAUGAUUUCUGCAGAUAAAAUCGGGCCCAUUGGACAAUAAAAAGGAAAUAGUCUAGUGUCUUUCUUUUUUCCCGCGGAUUGAGUGAGAAGUGCUGUGCGCUCUCGUCUCCGAAUGAACAGAAAUGGGGGAAUGGACCAUACUCGAGAGGCUCCUAGAGGCUGCUGUCCAGCAGCACUCUACUAUGAUAGGAAGGAUCCUACUAACAGUGGUGGUGAUCUUCCGGAUUCUAAUCGUAGCCAUAGUUGGAGAGACAGUUUACGACGACGAGCAGACAAUGUUUGUGUGUAACGCUUUACAGCCGGGCUGUAACCAAGCGUGCUACGACAAGGCCUUCCCAAUCUCACACAUAAGAUACUGGGUGUUUCAGAUCAUCAUGGUCUGCACCCCGAGCCUUUGCUUCAUCACCUACUCGGUUCAUCAGUCUGCAAAACAGAAGGACCGCCGCUACUCCACCGUGUAUCUCACCGUGGAUAAGGACCAGGACUCACUGAAGCGGGAGGACAGCAAAAAGAUAAAGAACACGAUCGGGAACGGGGUUCUGCAGAACGCUGAGAACUCCACUAAAGAGGCCGAGCCCGACUGCCUGGAGGUCAAAGAAAUGCCCAACGCGAGCUUGCGGACUGCCAAGUCCAAAAUGAGGCGCCAGGAGGGCAUCUCCAGGUUUUACAUCAUCCAGGUGGUUUUCAGAAACGCCCUGGAAAUCGGCUUCCUAGUGGGCCAGUACUUCCUGUACGGAUUCAAUGUGCCCGCCGUGUACGAGUGCGACCGGUACCCGUGCAUUAAGGAGGUCGAGUGCUACGUGUCCAGGCCCACGGAGAAAACGGUCUUCCUCGUCUUCAUGUUUGCCGUCAGCGGCUUCUGCGUGGUACUCAAUCUGGCCGAGCUCAAUCAUCUGGGCUGGAGGAAAAUCAAAACGGCCGUAAGGGGAGUGCAGGCCCGAAGAAAGUCCAUCUACGAGAUCAGAAACAAGGACCUGCCCCGCCUCAGCGUGCCGAAUUUCGGCCGCACUCAGUCCAGUGACUCUGCCUACGUGUAGCUCUGUAUGUCCAAGUAUCCAGCACACAUGGACCAGAUGGACGACUCUGCUCGCCGCUAUAACGUGUCAUCAGUUAAAGGAGUGGGUCAUUUUUUUGUUUUCUAGUCCUGUAAGGACGGCGUGGAGGAUGGCUGACACGUUUGCGCUGAUGCGUCUUUUCUCCGUGCCGUUUGGAGCACAAGGACAGAGUACACCGCGCAUUUACUCUCCUGCGGGCCGCUUAGUUGUACUUGAAGAGAGUAAAUGCGUUUUGCACUAAAUGAAGCUACCACCCGGGCCACGCACAUCUCUCAUCGCGCCGUUAACGGUGUUUUUAAGCGACUGUCCACCGGCUUUUCCCCAAACAUCAGUACAUUUUAGCUAUACAACGCACAGCAGAUGACUAAAUCCUCAUUCAGCCUAUAAAAUCAAAUCAGAUGGAAAAGUCUGUGGGACGAAUUAGUUUUUUUUUUUUUUUUUUUUUUUUUAAAAACUACAUAUAAUAUAUAAUACACGUUUUCUUUUCGUUGCCUGUGUUGCACCGCUGACCUUAAUGUAUGUAACCAUUCCAGAGCUGCAGUGGAUUUACUGCAAACCCUUCCCUUCAGUUUCAUCCCACCAGAGCGCCCAUGGCUUUCAUCUGUCAGGUCUUCUUAUUUCUUUCGUGUAAUUAAGUGCCAUACUUGUACAUAAGACGCAUAUGUAUACAUACAGAUAUAUAUAUAUAAAUCUCUAAUAAGAAUAAUUAUUAUUAUAGACCUUAUGAAAGCGGAUUCCUUGCUCGGAUUGCUAAACACCGCCCAGGUUUGCUUGAACUCUAUUCGUUGUGAUUUAAAUCAAAAAAAAAAAAAAAAAAAAAAAAAAGGUUAUUCGGCAUUUUUCUCUUUUAACUUGAAACCGAAAAAAAUGACCGAAAAAUAAACAAAGUGCUGGUCUUUUUUUGUACACAGUAAUCUCUUUAUUCCAUAAUAAGUGAUCACAAAAAAUGAUAGCACACAUAUUUUAUAACAAAUUAUAUAUUAUAUAACGGAAAAACAAAAUAUGGACAAUGAGAACUUCCUCUGGUGCUACAUUUUUUCCACCUAUCAGCUGUCUGUGUAACCCAGGAAAAUAAGAAAAAGAAUAUUUUCAUCAGAGCAAAUAAGUGAAAUAAAGCCACAGCACAGCCGUCUGGAGCCCUGAGGCUUUCUCUGCAUCUCUCUGUGACCUGGCAUGCGUCUCUCUCAGGCACUGAGAAAGAAAUGUGCUGCAUUAAGUGUCAGUAUGAGGUAUGAAAACUGAUUUGACUGAAAUCUCACCCUUGUCAGUAAUGUUAGGGAUUUCAUAUAUUUAAAUAAGGUUUGUUUCCAUCUAUUCCGAAUGCGCUUCAUAGCUGUGACCUGAGAACUAUUUUGAUUGAGUCUAUCCAAAAUUUCACACUCAGUAUUUUCCAGUUAUCAGGACUUUUUAUACCGUUUGAAUUCUAAGGUCAAGUAAAGAGCUGCAUGUUUAAGAAAGCAUAUUAGAGAGCAUUAGGAUGUCGUCGAGGAAUUGCGGGGUCUCGGCUGCUUUUGCUUGGGAGUUGGUCUUUUCCCCCCUUUUCUGUUCCUGUCUUUAUUCGUUGCAUAAGAAAUAUCACAAUGUAGUGUCUUCAGAUAUUCACUCUUCCUGAAGGUCAGGAGAAAAUAGAAACAUUAAGUAAAAGUUGACCGCAGUGUGGGGACUGAGCAUCAAGGAUGAUCUGGGGACUCGCUCACUGCAGCAUCUGCCAUAAAUGACCCUGCAAUGCAAGACUGAAGAUGGAGGAGCUGGUAACUCUCACAUCAAUCUUCAACUCCGAAGAGAUGUUACAUGUUUCCAAAGCUCAGUGAUUAACUCAUAAACAAUGCUACAGGGAAGAAAAGUGUAAUGUGCCUGAUCGGCCGGACAGUGCAAUGCAACACUCAGCCUUUUUCUCUCCUCCCCUUUCUGUCCUAUGACCAACAUUCCAAGACUGCAUUCAUCUUGAAUCAGUGAGAUACACACAGACUUUACUGAUAAACUGUCGUGAGAGUCCACACACCUCUAAACCGAGAUGUCACUGAACUGAGCACAUUGUGAUUGUGUAUGCAAUCCAAAAGAAAAAAGAAGCUUUAAUAAAAAACCUUCCCUGCUGAAUGUGAAAA